AGGCUGCCAUCGGUUGACGUCACCUCCGGCGUGACGCGAUGCACCCAUUCAUAAAAAAAAAAAAAGAAAAAAAAAGGGGAAAAAAAAGAAACAACCCAGAGGAGAAACACUCGGGGAGAGAGAGAGAGAGAGAGGGGAGAAAGAAAGAGGUGACCGGACUGAGCGUGAAGAGUAGUGCGGUUACAAUGCGCGUUUAGAGAGGCGCAAACGGAAUACACCGCAGGAUCCGCUGGUCUGGAGGGCGGUGGGGGCUCAGAAAGAGACGCAGAGAGAGAGAGAGAGAGAGAGAGAGAGAGAGAAAGAGAGGAGAGAGAGGAGAGAGGAGAUAACGCCACAGUGAAGCCUACACACGCAUCCUGAAACUACGUGCUAUGGAGGACCUGGGCGAGAUGGACUGCCCGGUGCUGAAGCGGUUCCUAAAGGACGACAGCGCCAAGUGCCUGCUGCUGGACUGCCGCUCCUUCCUCGCCUACAGCGCGGGGCACAUCCGCGGCGCCGUCAACGCCCGCUGUAACACUAUCGUCCGCCGCAGGGCCAAGGGCUCCGCGCUGAGCAUGGACCAGAUACUGGCCGGGGACGAGGAGGUCCGGGGCCGUCUCCGCUCCGGGAUGUACUCCGCCGCGGUGCUGUACGAUGAGAGGACGCCGGACUCGGAGACGGUGAAGGAGGACAGCACUCUGACUCUGGUGCUCAACGCGCUGUGCAGGGACUCCUCCGGCACACACAUAUACCUGCUCAAAGGUGGCUACGACAGGUUUUUCUCAGAGUACCCCGAGUAUUGUCUAAAGACCAAAUCCUUACCGCCCCUCAUCAGCCAGUCCAGCAGCGACUCUGCAUGCUCGUCUUGUGGGACGCCACACCAUGAUCAGGGCGGCCCAGUUGAGAUCCUCCCGUUCCUCUACCUUGGCAGCGCCCUCCACGCCUCAAAGAAAGAGGUUUUGGACGGCAUAGGAAUCUCCGCCUUGCUGAACGUGUCCGCCGACUGUCCCAACCACUUCGAGGGGGCGUACCAGUACAAGUGUAUUCCCGUGGAGGACAACCAUAAAGAAGACAUCAGCUGCUGGUUCCUGGAGGCUAUUGAGUUCAUAGAUUCAGUACGGGACUCCAGUGGGCGAGUGCUGGUCCAUUGUCAAGCAGGCAUCUCCCGCUCCGCCACUAUCUGCCUGGCCUACUUGAUGAAGAGGAAGCGGGUGCGUCUAGACGAAGCCUUUGAGUUUGUGCGCCGGCGUCGCAGUAUCAUCUCCCCCAACUUCAGCUUCAUGGGCCAGUUGCUGCAGUUCGAGUCGCAGCUCCUCGCUACCUCGUGCGCCGCCGAAGCGGCCGCCACAGCGAGCCCGCUGCUAGGACCCAAGUCCUCUACGACCACCACCUCGACGUCAGCCACGCCCACCUCUCCGUUCAUUUUCAACUUCCCAGUUUCUGUGGUGAACGCCGCCUACCUGCACCACAGUCCCAUCACGACUUCCCCCGGCUGCUGAUGGACAGCCAAUCGCAGCCCCCCCCAACAAACUAACUGAGCACAGACUGGGCUGUCAUUGGCUGGAAGAGCUGUCAGUCUUACUGACUGCUGCACAUGCUUCCAAGGCGGGGAGGUGAGAAGUGUCACGUGCCUGAUUCAAAACUCAAAGACUAAAAAAAAAUAAACCUUUUUAAAGUUCAGAAACCAGCCGACGCUCCUUCCAUUUUAACAUGAGAUUCAUUCAAAUUGACCAAAAAUGAACCGGCUUUCAAAACUUGUUGGACGGAGUGUUGGACUGACUAUUACUGAACGUACACCCUCUUCCUUGGAAACAACAAAACAACAACAUGCACAGAGGCACACUGACACACAAACACAGAGAGGCAUGAGCAGUGACGAACACACACACACACACACACCCUCUCUCUCUCUGCCUCACACACACACAUUCAUGACUACCAAGUGAAUAAGCUCAGUAUGAAGACAGGGUCUGUUGCUAUGGAAACAACAGGUCUUUAGGAGAGGAGAUGGACACAGGAAGGAAGGAGGAAUUUUAAGCACCCGCUCUUUCCCCUUUGGGUGUCCCCUCCUGUUGCCGGACAAAAGAGAUGGAUGGAAAAAAGAGGGGAGGAGACGGUGAUAGAAAGCAGGAGCCUCUUCAGUGACAGGUGCUCUGCCGGCAGUCCGACCGGAGCUUCCUGUCUUUCAUACGUCCUCUUCCUCUCUCUGUCUCUCCCCCACACCUUCCCCUCCCUCUCAUCUCCUUUUCAUCCUUUUAUAUUCCUUCCCUCCUCCUCCUCCUCUCAUCUCUGCCUCUCAUCUUCACCUCGUCCGCCCCUUCUCCUCCGCUCCUCAUCUCCUCGCUGAAGAGAGGCUAAAUAAAUAAAAUAAGAUGCCAAAUAAAGGCCAGGGCCCUUGUAAAUGGACUGGGAAACCCCACUGUGGGCCCCUGAUACAUACUGUAGGAAACCCCUUCUGCAAAAUCACAAAAAAAUUGUUUUUCGAUUGGAGGGUAAACUUUGGAGCACAGUGGCUCUGGAAGACGGCCACUUAAAGGACCAUGCUGGUGGUUUUGUAUGUUUUAACCCAUUAUAAACAAUUCAGUCUUUACUGAUGACCAUUUUCCAAAACCUUUAAGACAUUGGUUUCAGUUAUUUUAAGUUUUAAGUUUAUGUUCAUAGUGCACUCAAAUGAACUGAAAACAUCGGCUCCAAUAGGAUGCUGUGGAAAAUGGUAAUUAGUUUUAGUUUGUGGGCUAAAAUGUGCAUCACCAGCGAAUGGUCCUUUAAGAUGUUUGUGCCUUGUUCAUAAAGCUAUCUCAUGGAUUUAGGCGUUCCUGGAUUUGCCAGAGGAACAGUGCUUUUUUUCUUAGCUGCUAGAAAGCAGAAUGCUGAAUGUUAGUCAGACUUUAAAAUCUCUCAGAUUUCAGCAGACAGACUCUUAUUCCACAAUGUCAAAAGAGCAAAAGCUUCUCUCUUCAUCUCUACUUACACACACACACACACACACACACAUACAAACAGAUGGACAAUAGCAUACACAAGCACAUAAAUGCUGUAUUUGAGUAGGUGUGAGUCCAUAUUAUGUGUCAGACUCUCAGUGAAUUGCACCUUUUGAAAUGGCAACUCUUCAGGCUGACUAAACCAUGAACAGACAUAAACAUCAAGAAAAAUACUGAGAAUUUAACAUCUUGAAUUUGGGCAAAAUGGAGGAAUUUUAUGGGCAAUAUUUUCUUGCAUAUAUCCUCCGAUGUUUUUACAGAGACACAUACCGUGGCUGGAUUUUCUAAGACAGGACAUCCAAACAUGGCCGCUUUAUACUCGGCUUACCAAACAUCAGGGACCCUCAGUGUUGUUCCUUGUAAAGGGGAAUCCAGGUUAAAAUAAAACUUAAUCACUUAUUGAUUUCACUUUUUCCAUCCAUACUGAAAACAAAAGGAGUGAUGGAGACAAAGAGAAGAAAGCUUUGAGCUUUGAGACCACCAUCCAAUAACAGGAAGUUGUCCUUUAUAAUUCAGUUCAUUCAGUGUAUCUGAGUCCUGAUGUGCACACACACACACACACACACACACACACACACGUACAACACAACCAUAACUGUUCUGUUUUCGAAGGUUGUCCACAGUUCUCUCUGUAGCACUUUGAGGUCAUGCAAUACUGUACUUAUGUCAAAUCUUCGUAAUAUCACAGUUUGAGACCAAGUUUGUAUUGCUUCUGCUUUUGACCAGGCUAAGCUCUCCACUCUGUGCUAGACAUCCAAAGGCACAAAGUCCAACCAUGGUUGCUUUUAUACCCGGGUCCUGAUGUACGCACAAAACACACACACACACGCACACACACACACACACACACACACACACAGGGUUUCCAAGAAAACAAACCAUUCUCUGUUUUUGAAGAUUGUCGGCACCUAUCUCUGUAGCACUUUGAAGUGAUGCAAUACUGUAUUUAUAAUUUAUGAUUGAUCUGUACAUCCUGGUGAUGGUAGACUGACUAGACUUUGCAUAAAGACAUUUUGUCCACGUAGACAGAGAGAGAGAGAGAGAGAGAGAGAGAGAAAAGAGAACCAAUCAGUGAAAAACGCAAUACUUUGUACACAUCUGUGUGGUACCUGUCUGUCUGUCAGCCUGUCGGCCUCUCUGUGUUAGUCCAUCUGUCUAGACUGUCUCUCUGUCUGGUCAAUGCUGUUUACCCAUCAUGGCAAUAUCAAUCCUCCACUUGGACAUUUAUAUAUAAAAAAAAAAACUUUCCCUCAAUUUUAUUGUGGAAUGAAUGAUGAUCUGUGCAUUUAUUUAUUACUGAUGAUCUGUUGAAUAAACAAUGUUCUUAAUUAA